AUGGAUACCUGCUCCUUCUCUGCUUGGGCAUAUGGCGCACAGUUCUACCAACUCUUCAUCGAGAAAAACAUAACUUUCGACGCUUCCACAAUCACUGCAGAAAAUCUACCUGACUACAUGUACGCUGGCUACCAGCAAUGGGAAUCGUUUCUCGGCACCAAUGACGCAGAUCUCACAAGCUUCAAAGAAGCAGGGAGGAAGUUGCUUACCUGGCACGGUAUUGCAGAUGACCUGAUCCCCCCUAGCGCCUCAGUGCAAUACUAUGACCGUGUGGCCGCGCUGGAUAUUAACGUGGACCAGUACUACAAGCUGUUUCUUGUGCCAGGUCUUCAUCAUUGCGUAGGUGGCCCUGGUGUGUACCCUGUGAACGGUGGGUUGCAGCAACUAGUCGAAUGGGUAGAGAACGGUGCCGCCCCAUAUACCAUAUCGGCAACUGGAAUGCAACCUGCUAACGGAACAUCGCUGUCAAGGGAUCUUUGCCCUUACCCGCUUGUGUCCGUUUACCAAGGUGGGGAUGCAACUAAUGCUUCAUCGUAUCGUUGUGUUGACACGGACAGUACGUCUAUCUAA